AUGAAGACGCGGGAGGUGGUGGAAAAGGGGAGGGUUAAAAGAGAGUGGCCACUGGUUUGGAACGUUUCCAUUGUUCGUGUGAGAUGGAUCGGUGGAGCUGGUAGCAGUGAUAGUAUUGGUGGAGCUGGUAGCAGUGAUAGUACUGCUGAGGCCGCUAGUCCUAGGCAACAAUGGUACGGUGCGGUGCGGUGCGGUGCGGCGUGGCAGUGCGGUGCGGCGGUGCGGCGGUGCGGCCGAUGCGGCAAAGAGGAAAGUAUACUCGAUGAUAUUCCUUUACCAUUAUAG